AAUUAAUAGCCCUGUAUAUGACAAUUAAUGAAAAUCCAUGUAGCAUGACCAGAUCCAAUGUGGAAGCUACUAAGGUAUCUAAUAUAUUGAUAAUUAAAAAAGUCCAUGUCCUUGAUAGUAUUAAUUUAUACUCCAAUCUAUAAUUGAAGCUGCAAGCUGGAAACAAAUUAAUUUUCUGAAUACAAAAUUCUAACCAAGAACAAACCAAAGGAAAGAAGUAUAAUGUCUACUGAGAAAUAUCAUCAUCCUCUUGAUCUAUUGAAACAAAUUGAAGAUGAAAGGGGUUCACUGUUGCUGGAAAUUUCGAAAAAUCGAAUCGAAUUACUUAAAAGGGAGUUCAAAUUCAUCGAUGUUUUACUCAGUCUGCGUAGCUUCAUACAUGAAUGUUACAUGCCAGAGGUCAUAGAGAAAGUCAACGUUCUGCGAAAUCAUGUGUACAGGCUCGUGCACGUUGGUCCUGAUGCUGAUCACAUAUUAUCUGAGGUGGAAAACAAGAUUUGGACUGCAAAGUUGGAAAUUAGAGGUGAAUGCUUUGUUCCGAGAAUGUCAUUUCAUGAGCUUUCAUCCAAGAAGCGCGGUGUUGCUACUAGUCCAAUAUUUGUAAUGGAGUUCAUCGAUAGUGUGGUGGAGAAUCUCGGUGACAUAGGGAAGAUUUCUGAUUCACAUUCAUCACAGGUUGAAGAGGUCUUAAGGGAGUUGAAUUUGCUGAAAUCUUUUGUAUGCUUUGUUUCAAACAGAUGCAUAGGGUCUCAAAGCCAAGUUGAUUUCUUCACUCAUGUUUUAGUUUUGGCUGGCCAUGUCGCGAUCAUUCCCUGGUUGUAUUUGCCAUGCCAUGCCAAUGGAGAUCAAGACUUGGCUCUAGAUGAAGUGAAUGUUUUGCUGACUGAGCUAUUGCGAAAGAGAAUUAAGCCCAUUCAACCAUGUGUCCGCAAGAUCUAUGUUGAGGUUCUUCAAGCUUUGAAGUCAACACAUUCGCGAUGGUUUCCUGUUGUUCCAAUGGAGUAUAUAGCUGAAUGUGAGGCUAGCUUUGUAAAGAUUCUCCUACACAAUCUGGAAGAAGUAUCAAAUGUUAGUACCUCAAGUCGAGUAGUUGCUUUAAAAGAUCAAAUGGCAACCCUUUCGGAGAUGCUGAACCUCUUGAGAGCCAAUCUCAUCCCUCUGCCGACACAGGAUCUCAUAUUUCAUGUUGAAGAUAUAGACACUGUAAUUGUUGAUGUUGGACUUCUCGUUUACUCGUUAUAUGAUAACGAGGAGGAGAAGGAAAACGUGACUUUUGAGGAAAAGAAUGAAGCACCAGUUCUUGAUUUUCAAAGCAACAUUCAGCAUAUCAAGGCAGUGAUCUACCUCAUCAUACGGAAGGCCUUACAAUCUAAUUUGCCAAGGAUUCAUGGACUAGGCUAUGUCGACUUUCUCUUAAACAACCUCAAGGAGUUCCAAGUCCGUUACUCAAAUUCACUUGAUUUUGUCAACAAUCACCUUCAAAGAAUUCAGGACGAACUUGAGAGCGUGCAGCUUUUUCUCAAGGAUGUUGCAGAAGAGGGACACAAUAAGCAGGACAGACUUCAAGAUUGCGCUACAUUAUUGAUUAGCAAAGCGUAUGAGGUAGAAUUCAUGGUUGAUGCUUGUAUAAGCAAAGAAGUCCCUGACUGGUGUCUUGUCCGCUGGUUCAUGGACAUCGUAGAGGAGAUUAUACUUACCAAGAAAGAGAUAAUGCAGAUUGUGGAGAAGAAAAUGGUUGAGUUUGGCUUAAAUGAUACUACUGCCUCUGCUGAUCCAUCAACACAAUCGGAUACGGCUCCAAUGAUGAAUCAAGAAAUUGUAGGCUUUGAGGAUGUGAUGGGAACGUUGAAAGAAAAGCUAAUAAAAGGAUCCAAAGAGCUAGAUGUUGUCUCAAUUGUCGGAAUGCCUGGACUAGGUAAGACUACUUUGGCCAACAAACUUUAUUUCGAUGAGCAUGUAAAAUCUCACUUUGAUAUUCGGGCACAAUGUGUUGUGUCUCAAGUGUAUACGCGCAAGGACUUGUUACUAGUCCUUCUGCGUGAUGCUAUUGGUUAUAUCCCUGUGUUUCAUGAAACGCCUAGUGAAGCCGACGUAGCAGAUACGCUACGGAAAGUUUUGUGGCACAACAGAUAUCUUAUCCUUGUUGAUGACAUAUGGGAAACUACUGCGUGGGAUGAUUUAAGAUCUUGUUUCCGUGAUGAUAAUAAUGGCAGUCGAAUUAUUCUCACAACACGAGAUCAUGAAGUUGCCAUUUAUGCGAAAUCUGUGAGUGAUCCUCUUAGGCUUCGUAUGUUUAAGGAAGAUGAAAGUUGGAAGUUACUUGAAAAGAAAGUGUUCCAUAAAGAAAAAUUCUCUCCACACCUCACUGAAGUUGGGCUAGAAAUAGCAAAGAAAUGUGGAAGGUUGCCUCUUUCAAUUGUUCUGGUGGCAGGUAUUCUCGCAAAGAUGGAGAAGAAAGAACAAUGUUGGAGACAAUUGGCCGCAGAAUUUGGUCCACACAUUCACAACGAUUCAAAGAACAUUAUAGAGAAAAGUUAUCAGCAUUUACCUUAUCAUCUUCGACUUUGCUUUCUAUAUUUUGGAGCAUUUCUAGAGGACGAAGAGAUCAAGGUUUCAAAGUUAACAUCGUUAUGGAUAUCAGAAGGAUUUAUAAAAAGUUGCAAAGACGAGAAUUUAGAAGAUACAGCAGACUGUUACUUGGAGAAUCUAAUAGGAAGAAACGUUGUGACAGAUGUUAAGAGGAGUUCUACUGGUAAGGUCAAAACAUGUAGGAUCCAUGACCUAUUGCUUGAUUUCUGCAAGGAAAGAGCUAACAAGGAGAAUCUUAUACUCUGGAUAAAACGGAACCAAAAUGCAAAUCCUUCUUGUUGUAUUUAUUCUCACAAGCAGCUUGCUCAGCGUCGUAUGUCUAUAUAUGCUGGGAUGGAGAAUCUUGAUGCAUGGCACUCGUCUUUCUCACUUGUUGGCUCGGUAUUUUACAGAAAUGAUAAAAAAGGACACACUACCAUUUACAAUGACUCUUACUUUUCUCGCUACUUCAAGUUUCUAAAAGUGUUGGAUUUGGAGUUCAUCUAUGUUGAUUCUAUCCCAACUGAACUACCUUACUUGAGGUAUUUUGCUGCAACAAUGAUUCGUAGUAUAGUUACCUCGUCCAUAGCCAAUCCUACGAACCUUGAGACGUUGAUACUUAGAUCACCUGUAGGAAGUUUCUCACUACCUAUUGCACUUUUGAAGCUAGUUAAAUUGAAACAUUUGCAGACAUACUUCGAAGCUUAUUUCACUUCACAUGUUGCAAAGGAAUUACUUGCUGAUAACUCCACAAAGUCUUAUGAGUGGGAAACUCUUUCCUCUCUAUGUUUUUCUCAAGCCGAUGAGAUGGAAUUGAUGCUGAGAAAAGCACCUAAUCUCCGAAACCUGAACUGCUCAUUGAAUGAUUAUUCCAAAUCAUUCCCCGUCUUGGACUUUCUAACAAAGCUAGAGGCCAUCAAGAUAUACUCACGAAGGCUUCCAUUUGGAAGAGAUGCAUACAUCUUCCCCUCGAAUCUCAAAAAGUUGACACUAUGCUACGCCAAAUUGGGCGGUCCUGAUGAAUCAAAUAUUGCAAUGCUUCCCAACUUGCAAGUACUAAAGCUGAAGUGGGUUGAGUUUUACAAUAAGGAAUGGAAAGUGAGCAACGAGAAAUCUUUCCCUCAACUUAAAGUGUUGAAAAUUGUAUCCUGUUAUUGGUUUGACAAAUGGACCGUCUCAGAUGAUGCCUUUCCUUGCCUUGAACGUUUGGUUUUGUCUGGUUGCAAACUUCUUGAGGAAAUCCCUUCUCAUUUCGAAGACAAACAUUCUCUAAGGUCCAUCGAAGUAAAGGCAUGUAACGAAUCUGUCGUAAAGUCAGCCAUGGGUAUCCAGGAAGCACAAGUUGAUUAUAUGCAAAAUUAUGGUUUCAAGGUCUUCAUACACCAGUAGUGAAUAGUACACUACUGAAAACUACAUUUUGGUUAUGAGGAGAAUUGCUUUUGUCUUACUUGAUGAGAAAUUUCUUUUUCUAGUGUUUGAAAUCAGUGUUUGGCCAUGAAAUACCAGAUUAAACUAAGUACUAAUUUACCUUGGAAAAGGUUAACAAAUGUGUUACCCUUACUGAUUGUAUGUUAGGAAAAUCUAAAGAGAAAGAUCAAAGUUGUCUUUGUUUUCGGCUAUAAGCCUAUAACCAUGUAAUAUCUAGUACCCACUCGUCUGAUUAAUUCAGAUUCACGCUAUUAGCUUCCAUUUGAUGAGAGGCGCUCCUACCAGUGGUUUCUCCAUUUAAUUAAGCUCCUCGAACUCUAGACCUGUGGUUAACUUAUCCAAAAAAAAAAAAAGCAUCUGGACCUGUAGUUAAGGGUUAAGUCUUUCAUGUCAUUAAUCUUAAAAUGAACUUCUGUUAAAAAAGCAGAUUGCUUGCAGGAGGCAUAUGUGAAAGCACUUGGGAGAAGCUUCUCAGGUGCACCUUUCAAGACGUUCAUGAUUUGUUUUGGAAGUUAUACUGGAAUAAACUAUCACCUCUCUCGUAAUUCAAGCGAUGAGGUAUGAACCAAGUUACUUCCAGUCUAGUUUUCUAGUUUGAUCACUAUUUCAGAUGAUCUGUUGUUGUAAUGGUGAACACAAAAAGGUUGAAACGUUAGUUUUGAUGCCGUCUUGAUGUGCAACAAGAAAGACAUAUUUCUUUUGUUGAUAUUAUCGACUCAAAAGAGAGGCAAAGUUUAUAAAUCAUGUGUGAUUUGUUACUGAGCCAAAAUUGCGCUCUUGAAACAGCCAGAAUAGCCUUGGCCGGCAUGAGACUUUCCAUGCACAAUUCUCUGAGAUGCUUUUGUUUGAUACAAAUACUUUCUUUCAGGCAUCUGAAAUAUCAGUGAAUUCGCUAGAUGAUCCCAGUGACCUGACAGGGAAUUGGCAGUUUACGGUCCUAGAGUUGGCCUGUUGUCAUUAUGCUGCCAUUUACAUGGAAAAGGACGUCACAAAUGAAGGUUUAUAAAAGGUUUUCUAUGUGAAUUAUCGAAUGAUAACAAAAGAAGUAUCAUAAACAUGUUGAUUAUAUUAGGUAAUCGGAAAGGUCCUAUGAAGUUAAACAGUCUGGAACAGAAGCAGUUCGUAUAUACUUAGUGGCUCGAGAUAAUACAUACUACAUGCUGCUUUCUAUGUUUACUGGAACCAGCAUGAAAAAAGAUGCAUUCUUCGUCAUGUUUGUAAUAUGAUCCAUUCAAAUUCACAAUCGCGAUACGCCAUUGUUUAAUGUUUAGUUCUAUCACCAAACAUCAAGUCAUUUAUACUCUCACCAACAUUGGGAGAUACAUGCAGAUAGAUUUCAUGAAUCUUGAAUGUACCUGUUUUCAACUUUGUAGAAAGUUUUAUUCCAAAGAAUUUUUUUAUUUUUAUUUUUUCCAAUUUUUAGAAAGUUAUGCUAGCUUUGAUGGUUUCUUGUUGGACUUAAAACCAGUUAAAACAUCAGCCUUUGUGACAUUGUGCAGCUCCUUUGUGUGCCUGUUUUUGUUUUUCCAACCAAAACUUA